AUGAAACGCGCCGCCAGCGCGAAAUCGGUAUCCGACAUAAUUCGGAAGAGUGCCUUUCUAAACGAGUGCGGAACUGAUAACGGCGUUGGAAGUACUGGGUUAAUUGUAUGUACGUUCCAUCUGGGGUUAUAGUGUUUGUUUCGUUUCAGCUCGCCGAAAUGACCGCCAUGGAUGUGGACAUCACCGAGAAAGUUGCCAUUUUGGACUUUGGAGCGCAAUAUGGGAAGGUGAAUAUUUUAAAAUAAUUUUAUUUUAGUAAAUUCGGCUUGUUUAUAAUUUUUUUAUUUUUAGGUAAUAGACCGAAGAGUGCGAGAAUGCAAUGUUUACACCGAAAUGCUGCCAUUGAGCACGUCUGCGGCCGAUUUGAAGGAAAGAGACUAUAAGUAAGCUCUUGAUGUUUGAAUAUUUCUUUUUAGAGCGAUUAUUAUCUCCGGUGGACCACAAUCAGUUUAUGCCGCAGAUGCUCCAACCUAUGACCCCGCUAUUUUUGACCUGGGAGUUCCAAUUCUCGGGAUUUGUUAUGGAUUCCAGAUAAUUAACAAACAUUUUGGUGGAACUGUUGCUAACUCCAAGAUCAGAUCUGAUGGAGUCAUGGAGAUUAAGGUCAAUCCUAAGAAUGAACUCUUUGUUGGCUUGUCGGAUCUUCAAAGUGUUCUUCUGACUCAUGGUGACAGCGUGAAAAAGGAUUGUGUGGCUCCAGGAUUCCAGGUUAUUGCUCAUACCAUUGAUGAAGAUGAAGAUCGUAUAAUUGUGGCUGGAAUCUGCAAUGAGGAGAAGAAGAUCUACGGAGUUCAAUUUCAUCCAGAAGUUGACCUAACAAAAGAAGGAGUUUCCAUGUUCAAUCAGUUCCUUCAUUCAAUCGCGGGUAUUAGUUCACAUUACACUAUUGCUAACAGAGAACAAAUGUGCAUUGAUCAUAUCAAAGAAGUUGUUGGAGACAAAAACGUAUUGGUAAGUCAAGUUUAUUUCCUUCAUUGGCUAUUGUUUAGGUGAUGGUAUCAGGAGGAGUGGACUCGACCGUAUGUGCUGCGCUUCUGCACAAAGCUCUUGGGGCCGAGAGAGUUGUUGCUAUUCACAUUGAUAAUGGUUUCAUGAGAUACAAAGAGUCCGAAGCUGUGGUUUCGUCCCUGAACAAACUUGGCUUGGAUGUGAAAUGUAAGUUGAACUUUAUAUUUUGAUUUCAUGUUUAGGUUUCUACUGUAUUGACACAUUCUUGAAUGCCAAACUCAGUCAGAAUACUCUCCGAUUUGUGACGAACCCCGAGGAAAAACGGAUGAUUAUCGGCGAUACUUUCAUCCGAUGCAAGGAUAAUAUCGUCGAGGAACUGAAGCUGAAUACAGACAUGUUUUUUGCUCAAGGCACUCUCCGUCCCGACUUGAUUGAAUCAGCCAGUGCUCUGGCAAGUGGAUGCGCCGACACGAUCAAAACUCAUCACAAUGACACAGCAUUGGUCAGAGAACUCAGAGACCUCGGGAAAGUAAUCGAACCCCUCAAGGACUUCCACAAGGAUGAAGUCAGAGAAUUGGGAAGAGCUCUUGGACUUCCUGAGACCAUCGUGAACAGACAUCCGUUCCCUGGCCCGGGCUUGGCCAUUCGGAUUAUCUGCGCCGAGAAACCUUUUGUUGGGGAUUUAUUCAACGAAACGGCCGAGAGUGUGAACAGAGAAGUCACCGAGACUUUGGGAGAAGAGUUCUUCGGAAGAGUGAUGCCUAUUAGAACGGUUGGCGUUCAAGGUUAGUGUUAAAAAGUUUGGUGUAUUAUAAUACGUAUUACUUCAGGUGACAAAAGAACCUACUCAUAUGCGGCGGUUCUCUCCACCUCGCUGACCAACGUGCCUUGGGAAGUGGUCGAUAAGUUUGCAAAGAAAUUGCCAGGCAUUGCGAAAGCAUUAAAUCGGUUAGGACCUUUUUAACGUAUAAUUCACACUGUGAAUUUUUAAAAUUUUUAUUGUUUCUAAAAGUUUUGAUUUAGAGUAUGCUUCGCCUUUGGGGAGCCGAUUCAGAGCCCUAUUCUGGAUAUCACACCCACCCGACUGUCAGAAGGAGUGAUUGAAAAGCUAAGAAAAGUUGAUCAUAUUGUGACUCAAGUACUGAACGGACUCAAUUUCAACGGGGAAAAGGAUCCUAAUCUUCCAGUGUCUAUGCAUAUGAUUCAACAGGUAAGCGAUUAUUUUAUAUUAUUAUGUUGUUAUGAGUUUAGAUGCCAGUGGUCCUCAUUCCCAUCCAAUUUGGUUACGUUGACGUUGAUAAUUCAAUCCCGCAUACCGUGCUCCACUCAAUUGUCCUUAGGCCGUUUAUCACUCGAGACUUUAUGACCGGUACCAAUGCCCUGCCAGGACGUGAUAUUCCGGUUAUUGUAAGUUUUAAUGUUUUGGACAUCACUCUUGUAAACUCGAUCUUUUAAUUUGAUGUUUGAUUUAGGUAUUCGAAACGAUUGUUCGUCGUAUUAUGACAGAAGUGCCACUGAUCUCGCGUGUUCUCUUAGAUCUGACUUCCAAGCCCCCAGGCACUACCGAAUGGGAAUAA